AGUCAUGUCUCGUCUUCACAGCCGGAAGUGAAAACAGAACGUCGCGUCCAAGAUGGUGGCCACCAGAAGAGGAGGACGCGUGAACUCUCCGACUAAAUUAGCCGAGGAAAAGCAGUCUGUGGUCCAGGCCACACCCCCCACCACCCGAAGAACCAGGAGGGCUCAACAAGAUGAAUGCCCUGCCCAGCAGACCAUCACAGAAGCCUGCAGUCAGCAAAAGAAGAGCAAAGGUGGACCCUUAGAUACGCCUGCCACCACCUCAAAGCGAAGAUGCACCAGAACUUCCAGACUCCACAGUCCAGAUCAGCCCUCCACUCCAGUGGGCUCCAUCCACGAAGGGGACACGUCUGAUGUGGAGUCUCUUUGCUCUGCGGUGUCGGACAUCGAGCCACCACUUACACGGACCAGAGGAAGGAGGACACAGCUCCGUGAGAAGCUUCAGGAACAUGAGACAUCUGAGGUGGAGUCGAGCUCCUCUGCCGUGUCUGCAGCUAAACCUAGACUUCGCAGCAGUCGAAGCACAAGAAGGAAUCUGGCUCAGACUUCUGACUCUGCAAAGACUGAGGUGGGAGAUGGCAAAGGGGAAAUGGCGCCGGAGACUGAGUCCUGCAGCUCUGUGAUGUCUGAAUCUCAGAGAGUCACAAGAAGUCAGAGGAAAGUCGUUCACACCAGAUCAUCCGCAAGACGACACACUGAGGAUUCAGAGCUCUCUGAGGCUGAGAGCUGCUCAUCCAGCGUGUCGGGACGGCGACCCAGAAGGCCAAUCCGUCCUAUUCCCAUGCACCUGGAAGAGCUGUCUGAAAGCUCUCAGUCCCCUUCCAGAACAACUCGACAAACCAAGGCAAUGAGAGGGAAAGCAGCUUCCACUGAGGAAGACGAUAAGAUACCGUGUUGUGACUCUGAAGGGUUUGAGUCUGGACCUACUUACAGUGUGAGCACUUGUAGACCGGGUAGAACCCGGUCUGCUGUUUCUAAAGCUACUGUGGAUUCAGAAUCCGAGGAGGAAGUGAAUUCAUCAGCAGGAAACAGAGGGACUCCCUGCAGCAGCCGUGCAGGAUCAGGGACCAGCAAUCGGAGAGCUCCAACAUCUAGACGGUCAACAAAAACCAGCGGUGUGGUUUUAGAAAAAAGUAAAGAACCGGGCGAAGAGCAGAGCUUGUUAAAUGAUUCUAAGUUAGAAAGCACCGUGAUCGGAGAAGACCCAGACUGCACUCUGGUAGAGGAAGAAAAGAUCCAAACAUCUGGAGAACAGGAAACUUUGGACAACACUGAGCUCACAUCCAGUGGAGCUCAUGACGAAAAAUUAGAAAAGAAGAAAACAGGUCCAUCAGAUGAUGUGGGACUCUCAGAGUCGGUAUGUGCUGAGCCUGCAGUGAUCACCAAAGACCUGAAGGAGGAGCUGUCCUCUGAAAAUAAAGCUGGAGAGGCCUCGGAAAUGGUGGUGAUGAAGGAAACGAUCCCACCAUCAGAGCCAGUGCAGAGUAUCCAAUCUGUUCCAGUAACAGUAUGCGAGACGGACUCUGAAAUGACAGAGAGGAUCGAGGAGAAGCAGGUAGCUGCAGACAUCCAUCCCAUGCAGGCAGAAGAGCCUGUGGAGGAUGAAGAUGCUGUGGAAAUCCAGCCCAGUGUCGAGGAAAAACUGGAAGUCCAGGCGACAGUAGGCCAGAAGGUAAAGAUCUCAGCAGAGUCUGACUCAGAGGAGCAAUCUAAAGACGUGGUUGUCCAAAAAACGAAAACAAUCAGCCUGCUAGACAGCAGUGACGAUGAAGAUAACUUUGAUGAGGAAGAGGAGGAACUAAUAUCAGAUGAGGAUGAUUUGGGGGGCAGAGCACAAAGAAGAGGAGAACCUUCCAACAUGUCUGAGGAAGCAUCAGUAGUUGAUGGGCUGUUUAUGAUUGACACUCGACCCGGACAAGAUGCUGACCAACAGUUCUACAGAGAGGAAGAGGAGGAUGCAGAUAAAGGAGCUGCACAGGGGGAGGAAGAUGAAGAGUUUAUAGACGACGAGGGGGGCGAGGACGAUGACGAAGAUUCGAAAGUCCUGUUCUCGAGCAGAAACUCUCAGUUGAAAGAGUUGUCCAGCCGUAUUGACCCCGGCCUCAGGGUGAAGGAGCUCGGGGGUUUAUACAUCAGUUUCGAUGGCAGCAAAUCAAAACCCGUCUUCAGCUCACUGCAAAAUCUAGAGGAAAAGAAGAGCCAGGAUGAGGUGAUGAAGAAGAGCGUGAUCGGUCCAGACUUUGAGAAGAAGGAUGCAGUGCCUCCGUACAGUGAAUCUAAACAAGCCUUAAAGUUGAAACGCAGAGCAGAGAGGGAGAAAUCAACUGGAGACGGCUGGUUUAACAUGAAGGCUCCAGAGAUUUCCCAGGAAUUGAAAGGGGACCUUCAGGUCCUGAAGAUGAGAGGGUCCUUGGAUCCAAAAAGGUUCUACAAGAAGAACGACAGAGAUGGCUUCCCCAAAUAUUUCCAGGUGGGCACAGUGGUGGACAGCCCUGCUGAUUUCUAUCAUUCCCGUAUUCCCAAGAAGGAGAGGAAGAGAACCAUGGUGGAGGAGCUGCUGAAUGAUGCUGAGUUCAGACAGUAAAAAAAACAAAAAGAAGUACCAGCAAAUUAUAGCAGAGAAAGCAGCACAAGCAGCUGGGAAGAGGAACAAGAAGAAGAAAUUUCAUAAGAAGAAGUGAAGAUAUGGUGACCCCUGAUUCUGAGGGGCUUUUCAUCAACACUGGCUUUCAGUCCUUCAGCACGACGGGCCUCCAUGAAUCAGAGAGUAUGACGACUGUAUUGACAGUGAAACACUAAGCUUCACUGGAUCCCGAUCUUUGAAGACGAGAUGAUUUCAUAACUGCACAGUGAUCAAUAAAUAAAGAUUAUAUUUGCUACUUAA